UGCUGGUGUGUCAGUGUGCAGCUGGAGUUUCAGUGCGUGCAGGUAGCUGCAGUGUCCACGUGAAUCAUGGCUCGAACUGGGUUUUGUGAUUCCAGGCAACUGUUGGACCUUCAUAUGACUGAGGAAAGACAGCUGCCCCUGAGGACGUGGGCAAACUCUUGUGUUCUGAGGGAGCGCAGGACGUUUGCUGAAGGGGAGGAGGUGCGGCCUGGGCAUUGCUACAAACCUGCACAAGAAAAUCGAUGGGUUCAAAGGCUUCCUAUAUCUGCCGAAGAUGGGAUCAUAAUGGACUAUGCCCAACAGGAUAAGUCUACACCUACAGAUGUCUAUGAAGAGGAGGCUUUGCUGAAGUAUCUGCACAGGUUGCCUGGUCCAUCUAGUCUGGGAGAACUGCUGCCUGGUCUUCUGCGCAGAGAGGUGGAGGUGGCCAUCAGCAAGCUGGGGCUCCUCUACGACAAGACUUACGCCUGGGACAUCUUUUCAGAUAUGAUGAGAAGUCAGCUGCUUUGCACUCUCCCAAACGCUGACCUGCCCAGGCCUUUCACAGACACCACAAGAGCUAUCCUGGUGGACUGGCUCAUUCAGGUCCAUGAAGUGUUUCAGUUCUCCGAGGAAACGCUGUAUCUGGCAGUGCACCUGUUGAAUCGAGCACUAAAGCUUAUUAAAGUGUCCAUCUCUGGCCUUCAGUUGCUCGGCGUGGUUUGCCUCUUCCUAGCUGCCAAGAGAGAGGAGUGUCUCUUACCAGAGGUGUCAGAGCUGUGCUAUCUGAUGGAGAACGCUUACAGUAAGAAACAGCUGCUCCGGAUGGAAAGGAGAGUUUUAACCGGGCUCAAGUUUGAUCUCUCUCACUGCCCUCCGCUUCACUUUCUUCUCAUCUCUGCUUCGAUAGCACGUUGCAGCGAUAAGAUGGUAUGGAUGGCACGAUAUUUAUUGGAGCUCUCUCUUCUGGAGGUACAGUGUGUGGUUUAUUUACCUGCUCAGCUGGCGGGUGCUGCUCUCCGUCUGGCCCGCAAGAUCCUGCAGGAAGCUCUGUCUCCUGAGGGAGAGACCGCCUGGUAUAUUGCCUCCAGUAUCCAUAUUGGCAGUGAAGCUGCUCUCUUCAAUAUAAUGCGGAUCAUGGCUAUGGCAGCAUCUAGAGCACAUGGGCAUGAGACUCGCGCCACCUUUGUCAAGUUCUCCACCAUACAGACACUCCACGUCAGUAUGCACCCGGCCCUGAAGACCGCUCCUGGCCUACUGGGCCUGCCCUGCACCCAGACGUGAAGCUCCAUCAAAACCACAAGGAGGCUGGGCUGGAAGUGUUUCGGGACGGAUGCAUAAACUUGGCCAGUCGGCAGUACAGUGUUUCACUGCACAUCGGUGGAUGCAAAGUACCCCUGUUUGAAAAUGGAUUACUUAUUGGACUGUAUUUUGUUGUCCGUUACGUUUUAUUGUAUUCUUAUGUCACUUGAUGUAAAAGAAAGAAUUUGUAUUUAUGUCUUUGUAGCUUUUAAGUGUUUAUCAUUGCAUUUGGUGAAGACUUUAUCUAUUGCAAUAGCUGUUAUGGUGUCUUAUGGAAUUAAAGCACUUUGAAACGUUGCGUUUUUAAGUGUUUUGAAAAUGGUUUGUAAAAUUGUGCAAAAUAAAAAAGUCUAUUUUGGA